AUGAGGAAUGCUGAGGCGCUGAACCUCUCGCAGGAGGCGCAAUGUUUCCCGCAACCCAAGAUCUUCACAAACGCCCUCCUGUCUAACCACGACAUCACAUGCCUGAUCAGAGACACGGAAGCCCACGAGAGAGCUCUGUUUUCCGUCCCGCCGCCUGCCCCCCCGGCGACCCGGCGCCGCCGCAGCGCCGAGCCAGAAUCCAAGCCCGGGGGCAGACGCCAAACCGUCUUCAACGUCGCGUCGGGCGAGGUGACGACCGGCCCGCCGACCCGCGGAUCCGCGAACCCUCGCCGCCACACCGCCGUCGCCGCCGUCCUCGGGGGCGAAAUGCACUCCCAGCUGCGGCGAGGAGAGACCGAUCGCAGAGGCGACGUCGACGUUGAGAUUCUGCUCCGCGGCGCCGAGAAGCUCUGCGGCGUCUACGAGCUGCCCGGCGCGAGGGACCGCAUCUCCACGCUGCGCAUCAAGCAUGGCAACGGAAAGAACACGACGGCAUACUACGAGGCCCGUGUGGCCGAGCAGGCCGAGCAGCUGGCCAGCAUGAACAAGAGCUGGAUGGACGAGGGAGCAAACGAGCCAGACGACGCCCAGGACCAGGACGAAAGCGAGCUGUGGACGGAAGAUGAUCUGCGACGGGAGGAAGCCGAGGCGAGGGAGAUGGAGGCCAAGAAGAGGGAGCUCCAGGCGAGGCUGCGGCAAAUGGAGAAAGACCUAGGAGGCCUUAUGAACAUGUGA